AUGGAGGGGCCAAAAACCCUAGGGCCCUGUGGCCACUCCCACCCCCAAUGUCCCCAACCCUCAACGUCCAGCAGCCACGGCGGUUGCCUGGACCCACCCUGCCAGGGGUUUGUCAGCUGGCCCUGCCCUGGGCCUCUCAGCUCCACUCACUCGGUGGAGUCUGUCAGAGCUUUCCCAGCCCCAGGCGCAGGGGCCGGUGGGCCCAGGGUAGGCAGCGGGGUAGCUGGGGGCUUUAUUGCGAGUGAAGAGGGAGAGAUGCAGAGACAGAGGCCCAGAGAUCCAGCAGGUGCACGACAAGGACAGAUGGAGGAGGAGCUGGGCUGGGGAUGGCCCCUGCACUCAGGAAGGGAGUCGAGGUCACCCAGGCAGGGGGGAGCCCCCAGUAUAGGGCCCAGACCCUGCCCGUGCCCACACCUGCCCCAGGGGACAGGGACCCCCGCCUCACCCAGGGUAGCCUCCUCCCAGCUCCAGAGUGUGACCCUGGGGCCUGCAGAACCGUCCUUCCUCCAGCUGGAGCAGGAGAACCAGAACCUGAAAAGGCAGAACCAGGACCUGCGGGAGCAGCUGGGGGCCCUUCUGGGACCAGGGCAGCAGUUCCUGCCCCUGUGCCCGGAGCACUCGAGUAGAACGGCCCUGGCCUGGCCCCCCGAGCAGACCGGCACCAGGCCCCUGGAGGACAGGGCUCCUUUGCAGCUGCUGCGGCGGGAGCUGUGCCGAGGCGAGGAGUCCUUCGUGCAGCAGUCCCAGAAUGAGCUGCAGCAGAUCCGAUUGUCCUUUGAGAGGAAGAAGAUGGCCAUUACCGAGGUGUGGGAUGGCGUGGCCGAGGUACACAUGGCCCUGAACAACCAGGCCACCGGACUCCUGAACCUCAAGAAGGAUAUCCGGGGCGUGCUAGACCAGAUGGAAGACAUUCAGCUGGAGAUUCUGGGGGACCGGGCCCAGUGCCGCACCCAGGCCAGGAAGGACCUGUGCAUAGCAAAGGCAAAGCCGCAGCUGGGAUGUUCCGAAGGCCUCAAAGGUCAGCUCUGGCUGCUGGCCCUGAGGCUGCUGCUGGGCACGCUGCUGGCCUGUACCGCUGCCUACGUGUACGUGGUGGACCCCACGCCCUUCGAGGGGCUGGUGCCACCCCUGCUGAGCCGCGCCGCCGUCUGGAAGCUCCGGGCCCUCCUGGGCCCGUUCCUGCACCUCGAGGUGGACGACUUCCUGCCCUUCUAG